GUGUAUUACAACUUCAGUUCAUAUCAGAGUAAUCACGUAAUAUAUUUAUUUAAAAAAACAUCCAACAAACGAUUUUAAAAUUUAUUCUUUACGAAUUUCUUCGCAAGUUUUAUACUACGUACUUCGAAAAAUUCGGCUGUAAAUAUUUUAUAACAGUGGUGUAAAUAAAAAUUUUCUGUAAAUAAUUUUUAUGGUACAAAUUUUCAAUAUUUUAUAAUUGUUAUUUUCAACUUAAUAUUUUCAACAAAAACUAUCAACAUAAGCAUAGUAUCAUGCGGCGAGGACCAUAUAAAUUAUACUUAGAUCGCUACGGCGAUAGUGUGAUACCACGUUCGACUUAUUAUCAAAAAAUGAAAGAACUUCGAGAUGCUGCAAAAAUGCAAGACGUUACGAGUUCUCAACAACAUUGUCACAACAAUAGUGAUUUUUUACUUGAUCCGAUGGUACCUGAUGGCGAUAAAAUGAAAAUAUCAGGAGGGCUUUUUAUUAACGAUAAAAAAAUAAAUAUGUCAAUCACAGAUAACAUAUCACGCUGUCAUGAAGAAGACAAAGAGAAUGAGAAUCUGGAAAAUAAUACCGAAAAUUCGUGGUUAUAUGAAGAUUAUAAUCAAGAAGAAGUUUGGUUUGACGCUGAAGAAUCGCCAUUAAUGUGUGAAAAUUCUAGUGAUGUACACAAAGAGGGUCAACAUAAUAUACAUAUUGCUGAUGAUAAUUAUCGUCAACCUCUUUGUAAUUGCACAUCUGUUUCUCGAGGAGAAGCACUAUUAAUGACUCUUCUAUUAGGAGUCGAAGAAUCACUUACGUGGAAGACUAUCACAUCAAUAUUAUCAAUGAUCAACACGCUGUUCGGCAAAAAUUUGGUUCCCGAUUCCAAGUAUCAAUUGUUCAAAAUAUUACACCUGAAUGAAGAUAUUAUUUCAUAUCAUUUAUUCUGCGACGAGUGUUUAUUUUACUAUGGAGAAAAGAAAAAAUCAAAUAUUGAAGGAUUGGUUUGUCAGAAUUGUAAAAAUGUUAAUCCAUCACCUAAUAUUUCGUUUUUUAUAACUCUUGACAUGAGAGUACAAUUAAAGAUGAUACUGCAUGACCCAGAAAUACAGCAAGAGCUACUUAAACGUUUUGAAAGUACUGAAAAUGGUUCGGAUGAAGAUACGAUUGAAAAUAUUACUGAUGGAGAAGUUUAUACUAAAUUAUCAUAGCUAAUAAUCC